UGUGCACAUUAGCAGAUCUGUCCUGCGUGGAGCGUUCACCCCUCAGGGAGUCAAUCCUGCACAGACUCAGCGUUCCCAUUUCCUCAAGUCCCCUCCUCUCACCUCAUCCCAUGCUGCUCCCUUAACCCCGGCUGGCCGUUCUGCUGCUGUGCUUUGAUGGGGAAUUCUGGCUGAUGGGGAUCAGCGGGAAAAAACUGCCGUCUCCCUGCGGCCUUUUAAGGUAGUUCUGACGCUGGAGAGCGGCAGCGCUUAAGGAGAGUAAAUCUGUUGAAUGCACACGAGGAAGGAGUUGGAGUCCUGAUCUGAGCCGCCGCCACAGGAAGAGCAGGGUUUCACAAUGUCAGGGUUGCACACAGGACUAGAUACAAACACUCCUCCUACCCCGGAGAGCCGGAUCUAAAACCAGCCGGGCAGCCUGAGCUCUCUGAGGAGUCUUCUGGGGCUCCACUUUGAAGCACUUUGACCCCAGGGGAGUGACGAGGAGACGGCAUGAGGAAGAACUACAGCGAUAUCCCACUCAUCCAUGUGACAGAGGUGGACCGCAGCAACGAUGUCAACAUCCUCAGCAUCCCGGUGCCCAUCCGGCGAGGCGGCUCCGACUCCAACUUGGACGUGGUUGACAGCAUCGGUCAUAACGGCGUUGGGCUGGACUUCACAAAGGGAGCGCUGGGCAUCAACAGUCUGCAGCAGAAGAUCCUUAAGGUGACGGAGCAGAUCAAGGUGGAGCAAACGGCUCGCGACCAGAAUGUUGCCGAGUACCUGAAGCUGGUGAACAAUGCCGACAAGCAGCAGGUUUCCCGAAUCCGUCAGGUCUUUGAAAAGAAGAACCAGAAGUCUGCCCACAGCAUCGCUCGGCUGCAGAGGAAGCUGGAGCAGUACCACCGGCGUGUGAAGGACAGCGAGACCAACGGGAGGCCCGCCCACAAAGAUGGCGGCAGCAAAGACUCCGGCUCCCACAGUAAGGAGGGGAGCCUGCGGGACGUCAGCGCCACUGGGCGGCACCAGGCGCUGGACAAGGUGAAGACCCUCGGGCCCGGCGUGACGCUCUCGCCGCCGUUCUUCCUCAACAAGCCUCGAGAGUUUGCUAACCUGAUCAGAAAUAAGUUCGGCAGCGCCGACAACAUCGCCCACAUGAAGAGCUCCAUGGAGACGGGGGCGGGCCUGCAGGUGGAGGGCGGGGGCCGGGGCCUGAGUGGCAGCGCCACCACAGUGGCCAAAGCCACAAAGUACCAGAGUGAUGACGAGUGCUCCACCGGGACAUCAGCCUCUGCGGACUCGAACGGGAAUCCUGCGGGGGGCUCGGGGGCCGGUUCCGGGGGCCCCGGCAGGUCGGACUCCACCCUGGAGGUGCUGGACAUGCUGCGCGACAUCAGGGAGGCUCAGACACAGCUGGAGGAUGAGAUGGAGACGCUGAGCACACAGUUCAAGAGAGACUGCAGCUACUUCACCCAGGUGAUGCAGGAGGAGCGCUACAGGUGCGAGCGCCUCGAGGACCAGCUGAACGACCUGACGGAGCUGCACCAGCACGAGACCAGCAACCUGAAACAGGAGCUGGCCAGCAUCGAGGAGAAGGUGGCUUACCAGGCCUAUGAGAGAGCCCGGGACAUACAGGAGGUCCUUGAGUCGUGUCAGACGCGCGUCUCCAAGCUGGAGCUGCAGCAGCAGCAGCAGCAGCAGACAGUUCAGCUGGAAAACACCGACGUCAAAGUGCUACUGGGGAAGUGCAUCAACAUCAUGCUGGCCAUCGUCACCGUCAUCCUGGUCUGCGUUUCCACGGCGGCCAAGUUCACCGCCCCGCUGCUGCGCAGCCGCCUCCACCUGGCGCUCACCUGCGUGGGCGUGUCCGUGCUGGCGCUACUGUGGAAGAACUGGGAACAUUUGCAAUGCUCUUUGGAGCGGCUGCUCCUCCCACACUGACCCGGGAACCGAACCGAACUGAGCCUAAACCUGAAACGUCGACCGUCAGUCGCCAUGGUGACAAAGGUGGAGUUCACAUGUAGCCUUACACCUUUCCCGUCCCCACCUGUGCUCCAGAGAUGUAUUCUGUGACCCAGGCUGGAACCGCUCAGCCAGAACCGAACCUCCAGGAUUCCACAGCAGUGUGUGGUCGUGCCGUCUCCACCAGGAGGCGCUGUUUGCUCCGUAAUACUGAACUCAUGGAAAAGGAGCAUUACGCUGAGGGUUUGAAACCUCCAAACUGAGCAGAGAUGCUCCUCCACCUGAAGGUUGACUUCUGCUGCGUCUCACUGCCGCUCCUUAACAUGGAUUGUAACGAUUGUUGGCGUGUGAGACGCUCGUGCACUUCAUCCGUUUGAGCGUGUGUGCUUCUGUUCUGUCCUUCUGUGUGUGUCUCUACAAGCUCAUGGAAAGUCCCAUCUUCUUUGACAUUUUGGGGAAUUUUUCCAGUGUAUGCAGAAGGGAAGGUCUCCAGGAGAUUUGCUGAUUCAGCAUUUCUGUCAUUUAUUCUCUGAAAAUCUUAGAUCCUGGUUUUUAGCCUAUAAUAUCUCCAAACUGCCCUUGAGCCAAAGGAAUGUUUUUUUUCCUGUCAAACCUCUGCUCUGCUGGGUUCAUUUAGAGCUUCUAACUAGAUUAUCUUGUCCAGAACUUUGCUGCUUGACUCAGCAGUUCACACGGCAGACAUUCAUGUUUCUUGGAAACACUUGGAACUUUUUUUUUUUUUUUGCUGGCAUUCUGAUUUCCUGAUCAGGUCAAAGGCCGUCUGUGAGGAACGUGUUGAUCUCUGGGCUCUGGACUCGAUCACAAACCAACAUCGGCUGCUUCAUGUUGGACUGUUUCCCAAAAUGUCAAAUCCUAGAAAAUCUUCUGAACUAACGUUUUUGUUCUAAAGACAGAGAAAGAAUUUAUCCUCUUUUUGGCAGGAAAUGUGUUGUCAUGCAAAAUAGAUUUUUCUAAGUUGAGAAAAAAGAAAUGGGUGGAAAAAAUAAAUAAAAGAAAUCCUAUUGAAGUUUUUUUAAGUCAUUUUUACUUAAGCCUGUGUGCUGCAUUUAUGUCCAGUUGGAAAAACAAGAAUUGAAAAAUUUUCUCCUCCGUGAAGCCUGGUAACACCGAGUGAUAAACUGAUUUCAUUUCCUAACAGCGCCAGAACUCAUUUUGAGUUGAAAGAGCUCCUCUCCACCUUUAAUGUCAGAUUCUGAGCCGUUAUCACCUGCAGGUUAAAGAUAUUGCUCUUUCAGAGUGUCACUGCCUUGCUCUAAAGCAGACUUUUCUCCCUGGAAAUCACCUAAAGUUUCCAAUGUUUUCCCCGCUGGACCGAAUGCGGCCUCAGGCUGGAUGAGAAGCUCUGAUCUUCUAACCCCAGGAUGGUUUUGAUAAUAAGGGGUAGAAGUGUUUGUUCUCCUGCUGUGAUGUUUUUUUGUGCUCCUUUAAAGAAGAGCAAAAAACUUUAAAAAGGAAACUUUCAUGUUGCUGCUUUAGUUUCCACGUCUCUCAUUAAACUGGCUGAAAUGUUUGCAAAAAGCUCUACCGCUAUUUUAUAUUUGCAUCUAUCCAUUCAUUUUGUUUCCAUUUUUUAAAUAAAAAAUAAAGAUUUUUAUUUCC